AUAAAUCCCACACCUUCUUUUGUUCGUUUUAUUGAAAAGGAAGUGUCUUAAGUUAUAUACAAUGUUCUCUUUUGGCAUAGUAAAGUUUUUGUUGUAUAGGGUCAAGGUUUUACUCUAUGUUAAUUUUGUGUUGUUUAGUGUAUGUGAAGCAAAUGUUAAGCUCCCACAGAACGUGAUUUUUAAGGCAGUGUUUGCUUUUGGAGAUUCAAUUGUGGAUCAAGGAAAUAAUAACAAUGUAACGACGCUAAUAAAGUGUAAUUUUCAGCCUUAUGGUAAGGAUUUCAUGGGCGGAAUACCAACCGGAAGGUUCAGCAAUGGCAAGACACCGCCGGAUAUGAUGGCGGACGAACUAGGGAUAAAAAAUCUCAUACCGGCUUAUCUAGAUCCAAAUUUGAAAACUGAAGAUCUAAAAACUGGAGUAAGCUUUGCAUCAGGAGGUUGUGGAUAUGAUCCUCUAACAGCUACUCUCGUGGCAGCCAUACCCCUAGCAACACAAUUAACUCAGUUCAUAGAAUAUAUUGGGAAGUUGAAAGGUUUAGUUGGGGAAGAAGAAGCUAAUUAUAUUCUGAAAAAUAGCUUAUUUAUGGUGGUUGCUGGCACUGACGAUCUAGCCAAUACUUACUUCACUGCUGGAAUUCGCUUGAAGCAGGAUAUUAACUCAUAUACUGAUCUAAUGGUAGCCGAAGCUUCUAAAUUUCUCAAAGAAUUGUACAAGUUGGGAGCAAGAAAAUUUUGGAUUUUAGGAAUUCCAGCAAUAGGAUGUUUGCCAUCACAAAGAACACUUGCUGGAGGGCUUAAUAGAAUGUGUUCUCAAGAAUACAACCAAGCUGCACAAUUGGCCAACACCAAAUUCUCUAUUGCAAUUAAUUCAUUAUCCAAAAAAUUACCUCAAUCCAAGCUCGUCUUCAUCGAUAUAUAUAAUCCUUUACUUGGUCUCAUUUUUAAUCCCCAAAAAUAUGGAUUUGAAGAAGUAGAGAAAGGUUGCUGUGGCACAGGAACAAUAGAAGGGGCAAAACUAUGCAACAAAUUUAGUGGAACUUGUGAAGAUGAUACAAAGUAUUUGUUUUGGGAUAGUUAUCAUCCUACUGAGAAAGCUUACAAGGUUAUUGUUGAUCAGAUCAUCAAAAAAUAUAUCAACAACUUCUUGUAAAUGCAGGAAGUCCAUAUUAUCCAACAUUCGAGAAACACUCGAAUACGCUACUUAAAUCCUCGAAUCACGAAGAAUAAUUCAGAAAGAAAAAUCAAGAGACCAAACAGAAUUGUGCCCACAAAAAUUCAUCAAUAAAUUAUUAUUUUUUA